AUGCUUUGAAAGUCUAUAAAAGUGAUCGUCUGUCAUCCUCCACCCAAGUCUUAUGUAGUUUCUUGAACCAAUAGACUAUAUUUUAAAAGAUUUUACAUUCUACCUUGUCCCCAAAAUGUCGUUGCCCAAAUCUGCAUACCUGAGUGAUGUGUGGAGGGAUGGCAUUUUUGACAACAAAGUCCUCUUCUGCACCGGUGGCUCUGGCACAGUAUGCAGCGCUCAAGUUCGGGCCAUGGUCCAUCUAGGCGCAAAUGCCUGCAUCGUGGGACGCAAUGUUGAGAAGACAGAGCAAAUGGCAAGAGACAUUGCUACUGCCCGUCCAGGCGCCAAAGUAAUCGGCAUCGGGGCUGUUGAUGUCAGAAGCAUCGACAGCCUGAAGAAUGCCGUUGACCGAUGUGUGAAGGAGCUGGGCGGAAUUGACUUUGUCAUUGCUGGCGCUGCGGGGAACUUUCUGGCCUCGAUCGAACAGUUGUCAGUCAAUGCUUUCAAGUCAGUCAUAGAUAUCGACGUUCUUGGUUCGUACAACACGCUGAAAGCCACCGUUCCUUAUCUCUUGAAAUCCGCCGCAAAACACAAAUCCGAUGGAGCGACUCCAUCUCCUACUGGGACCGGAGGAAGGAUCAUCUUCGUCAGUGCAACCAUCCACUACACCGGUUUACCCCUACAGGCACACGUUACAGUGGCCAAGGCCGGCGUGGAUGGCCUUUCAAACAGUGUUGCCAUCGAGUAUGGUCCAUUUGGUGUGACUUCCAAUAUCAUUGCUCCAGGACCCAUCGGAGACACUGAGGGCAUGCGACGUCUCGCCAAGAAGGGAGCCGACCAAUCUGCCAUCCCACUGGGACGGUACGGCACCGUCAAAGAGAUUGCAGACGCCACGGUGUAUCUCUUCUCUGAUUCUGGAAACUACGUGACUGGUUCUACUAUAGUCGUUGAUGGAGGUGCCUGGAGAACACAGUCUGGCCGAUCAGGCCUCGGAUUCAAAUACCCUGACUUCCUUCUUUCUGGGGAGGGAAUAACUGGCGUUUCGGGGAUGAAGAAUUCAAAGCUUUGAUGAGCGAAUCUUUACUGAAUAUGUUCUCGGGGAGGCUUUGAGACAGGGUGUGAUUUAUAAAGAGGUUUUAAGAAUGUUUAUUUGACUGCUAUCCAUUUUGUAUGGGCUAGAAAUUGCUGCGCCUGGCACCGCUUUGACACACGUGUGUAUUGGAACGCAUACAGAGUUUUGAAAUACUCUCGAAAGCUACUAUUUGGGACAAUUCCAUUUGCUCUUACCACUUCGA